GCCACCCCAUUCCCCAGAGGGCCCUGGGUUUGUUUAUUUCUUUAUUUAUUCCCGUGGCUGAGGCGUCUGGGACCUGUGGCUGCGCAGACCCCGAAGUCAUAGGCGAAGACGGAGAGAAAUUAACCUCCCGCCGCUGCCCCCAGUCGAGCGUGACAGCGCGCGGGCCGGUUGCGUGACUCGUGACGUCUCCAAGUCCUAUAGGUGCAGUGGCUGGUGAGAUAGUCGGUAUCGCCGGGUUGCCUCUUUAUUUUAUUGGGGUAUGCCUGGUAAUAAACAGUAAUAUUUAAUUUGUCGAAGACCACAAACCAACUUCGAGCUGGGAGGUACAUACUACUCUUGACUGACGCUGGAAGAAGGCUUGGCCUAAACGGGGUCGCUUUUGGGGGUCCUUUCCAAACUCCUCACCUGAACCCCCCUCCCCAGUGAGGCGCCACUCGUGGCUUCUGCGCUGGAAAGAAGAGGUGGGAUUUUCGGAGAGCAGGACCCCGCGCGGGCACAGGGCCACCGGCACACCAUGGCCGACGCAGACGAGGGCUUUGGCCUGGCGCACACACCCCUGGAACCUGACGCAAAGGACCUACCCUGCGACUCAAAACCCGAGAGCGCGCUGGGUGCCCCCAGCAAGUCCCCGUCGUCCCCGCAGGCCGCCUUCACCCAGCAGGGCAUGGAAGGCAUCAAGGUGUUUCUCCAUGAAAGAGAGCUGUGGCUGAAAUUCCACGAAGUGGGCACGGAAAUGAUCAUAACCAAAGCUGGAAGGCGGAUGUUUCCCAGUUACAAAGUAAAGGUGACCGGCCUUAAUCCCAAAACGAAGUACAUCCUCCUCAUGGACAUUGUUCCUGCCGAUGACCACAGAUACAAGUUCGCAGAUAAUAAAUGGUCUGUGACGGGCAAAGCGGAGCCCGCCAUGCCGGGUCGCCUCUACGUGCACCCGGACUCACCCGCCACCGGGGCGCAUUGGAUGCGGCAGCUCGUUUCCUUCCAGAAACUCAAGCUCACCAACAACCACCUGGACCCGUUUGGGCAUAUUAUUCUAAAUUCCAUGCACAAAUACCAGCCCAGAUUACACAUCGUGAAAGCAGACGAAAAUAAUGGAUUUGGCUCAAAAAAUACUGCGUUCUGUACCCACGUCUUUCCUGAGACAGCGUUUAUCGCGGUGACUUCCUACCAGAACCACAAGAUCACCCAGUUAAAGAUUGAGAAUAAUCCCUUUGCCAAAGGAUUCCGGGGCAGCGAUGACAUGGAGCUGCACAGGAUGUCAAGAAUGCAAAGUAAAGAAUAUCCCGUGGUUCCCAGGAGCACAGUGAGACAAAAAGUGGCCUCCAACCACAGCCCUUUCAGCAAUGAGCCUCGAGCUCUCUCCACCUCAUCCAACUUGGGGUCCCAGUACCAGUGUGAGAAUGGUGUGUCUGGCCCCUCCCAGGACCUUCUGCCCCCACCCAACCCGUAUCCACUGCCCCAGGAACACAGCCAAAUUUACCAUUGCACCAAGAGGAAAGCAGAUGAAGAAUGUUCCACCACAGACCAUCCCUAUAAGAAGCCCUACAUGGAGACGUCGCCCAGUGAAGAGGACCCCUUCUACCGCUCCAGCUACCCCCAGCAACAGGGCCUGAGCGCCUCCUACAGGACAGAGUCAGCCCAGCGACAGGCCUGCAUGUACGCCAGCUCUGCCCCGCCCAGUGAGCCGGUGCCCAGCCUGGAAGACAUCAGCUGCAACACGUGGCCGAGCAUGCCCUCCUAUGGCAGCUGCACGGUCACCGCUGUGCAGCCCAUGGACAGGCUACCCUACCAGCACUUCUCUGCUCACUUCACCUCGGGGCCCCUGGUCCCCCGGCUGGCCGGCAUGGCCAACCAUGGCUCCCCGCAGCUUGGAGAAGGAAUGUUCCAGCACCAGACCUCAGUGGCCCACCAGCCUGUGGUCAGGCAGUGCGGACCUCAGACUGGCCUCCAGUCCCCAGGUAGCCUUCAGCCCUCUGAGUUCCUUUACUCUCACGGCGUGCCGAGAACUCUGUCCCCGCAUCAGUACCACUCUGUGCACGGAGUCGGCAUGGUGCCAGAGUGGAGUGACAACAGCUAAAUUAAGGCCUGCUUCUGAAUGGACAUUCGCUCGAGAGAGAGAGGAGCGCGAGGGAGAGAGACGGUAGCCGAGAGAACCCCGUGGACAAGAUCCUUCAUGUCACCCCGUGUUCACGUCUGCUCUAGAGACCCCCUGGACACUGAUCUGAUCAGUCGCUUGAAACCACAGUUCAAAAAAUGUGACUUUGUUGUUCUGUCUCAAAACUUAAAAAACAAACAAAAAAAGAUGAAGCCCAUGACCGCCACGCCCAUCAGCCGGCCACGUUCACACCACCUCCGCAAGUCCUCCCGAUUCCUCCUUUUGGUCUCCGGAGAAUCUUGCCUCAUCGAGUGUUUCAUCCUGAAGCGUAGUUGGAGCCUUUGCCUGUCUUGGUGUUAAUGUUGACAUUGUUAUAUAAUAAAUAAUAAUAUAUUUUUUCUUUCAAUUUUCUUAAUGGGACCCAGUCCCUUCUUUUGGGGGAGGUCUGAGGCAAGUAUGUGUCAAAUUAUGUACUUGUGGGGUUCCCCUCGAAUAUGCCACCCCUCAAAUCUAAAUUCGCCACCCUCCCCUUGACUAAGAAAUUACCUACCUCUGCCAUGCGAUUUCUCUGAACAGGUCUCCUGGGUCCCACCUUUUCUCCGAUUUUCUCCCACCUUCCCCACCAUCGCGGAGCCCAGUUUUGCGAUCUGUUUAGCAGCACAGUCAGGAUGACGUUGGGCUCCAUCUGGGGUCCUAUCUUCCUCAGUCCUCCUGUUUCCAGCCGUCUGUCGCUAAAACGUGGCCUAUAGCUUCCCGACCGGAAGGCUCGCUUUGAAAAACUUAAAAAGCCCGGGUUUCCAUGCGGGCAGAACUGUGAUAAGGAGCAAGCUCUGUGCUGACAAGAGUUGUGACAAAGCCAAAAUAAAUAUUCGUCCCGAUAGAAAAACGCCAGCCCCCGCUUCCAAACCUCCAGUCUGGAUGCAAAGAAACAGCCACCAUUCCUAGGGAAGAGGCAAGACGUGCUCGCCCAUCAGGUCUCUCCAAAGAAACCGCCCCGACACCAAAUGCCGACGCCAAACUGUGGUUAUUGAAAACAGAAAACAGUAUAAAAAAGUGUGUAAGUAAAACGUUAUUGCAGGGUUCUUCAGAUGUAAUAUUUUACUGGUACUAUUUAUUUAUAAAUAGGAGUUCUAAUUAAGUAAUAACAUGAAAUGAAAUCCAGCAUGGGAGCUGGCCAAGAGCUUUUUAAUUUUAUUGAUACUCAAAACCAAGUUUGCGUUUUUUUUUUUUUCUCUUGAAUGUGCUUUGCUUUCUUGAUUAAAAAAAAAUUUUUUUUAACUGACCCUAAUAAAGAGAACAGGGUAAUAUGUGAAGCUGAGUGUGUCCAAGUACGUGAGAGUGUGUGAGUAUGUUUAUGUGAGUGUCCUUAUGCGAUUAUGUCUUUUUAUGUUGCUAAGGGGGGGAGGGCAAGAAUUAAGUACUCGCUCCGUAUAUUGUGUGCCAAUUAAUGCCUAAUAAAUACCAUGUGCUUA